CCACUCGCGACGUAAACUCUCCCUCCUGCGUUCUGUACCACGUGCUCGGGUGUAUCGUUUAUCCGCGAGCUCGUCAACCGUCACACCAUCCGAAUUUAAUUACAGUGAUUAAAAUAAUAAAUAUUUAUUUUUUUAACCAGUGUUUUUAAAUGUGUAUAUAAAACGUGGAUUGUGGAUAUCAAUUAUAAAAUUCAUGGUCAUAUUUAUUACUGUGCCUAAUUAUAUAAAUUUACAUAAAUAAAUAUAAUCAGUGGUUUAAUUUUAUUAACAUAAAAAAAUACUCCAAGGAUUAUAAAUAAAUAACGAUUAAUAUUUUAUGUGUUGAUUAAUUAAUUGACGUCAAAUAAUCAAUUUGGUGACAAAUUAUUUUUAUGUAAUUUAUUAUUCCGUUAAUGAAUGAGGCAUUUAAUAGUUUUAAUGGAGAUGUCAUUACCUCUAUAAUGGAGCUUUAUGGAUGACUAUGUAUGUAGGGUAUAAUACAUGUGUAAGUUUUAAUAGAACAAUAAAACGGAUAAUAUAAUGACGAAGCUAUUUGUAAUGAUACAAAUUAGAGUGGCAAGUAUCUUUCACACAACCCAUUGGUUUUAGUGCGCUCGCUGAUACACUUACGCAUACAUUACACGCGUAUUACUGCCGAUAAAUGUAUAUACAUAUACAUAUACAUGGGGUGUGUUUCAGCGGUGAAUUGGGGAGUUAGCUGGCCUACUGCGCUACACGGGUCUGUCUGCCAAUAAUCGAGAUAGAAACGCUUAAUCGAAUUGACACGAACAAACUCUUUCAUCAAACUGAGAAACAAAUUUCACGGAUGGAAUCAAUAACCCAAAUGAAGUCAGUCCACCAAAUUACGAGGGAUACAUCAUUUACUGAGAAUGAAGAGCAGGUGUGGGAGUGACGCAUCCGCUGGGGGGCUCUGUGAGUACACGGUGCUGUGUAGUAAUCAUUGACGUUUAUGAUUGAAGCGAAAAAAGUUGUAACGAGGAGGAAAAUUGGCGGAUCGUGAUAAAUUCUGCCGACGAAGGGAGGAAUUUAUUGGAGCGACACGACGCGGAAGGAUAGGCUUGUGAAACCUCCGGCGAUGGAUUUGGUUCUACUGCUGCUCUUGGUCCUGCUCAGGCGAGAGGUUAUUGCACUAAGGCUGCUCUCAGUGAACGUACCGCCGUACAAAUUCAAAGACGAAACGGCCCAUCUAGUGUGUCGGUAUGACUUGGAGACAGAAAAACUCUACUCAGUGCUCUGGUACAAAGACAACGAAGAGUUUUACAAAUACGUAAAUACGGAUCGAAGUCAACACAUUUAUCAAGUGGACGGAAUCAAAGUCGACCACCGGAACUCAGAUGGUUCGCGCGUUAUUCUCCAGCGAGUUAAUUUAGAUACCACUGGCGUAUACAAAUGCGAAGUGAGCGCAGAGGCUCCACACUUUGCAUCAACUUACGGUGAAGCGUACAUGGAAGUAGUUGUAAUGCCAGCCAUCGGCCCUGCGAUUACGGGCCAAGAAAAAUCUUAUGCGAGCGGUGACAUUUUAUCACUUAAUUGCACAAGCUCAAAAUCUUAUCCACCUGCAGAAAUGAAAUGGUUCAUCAAUGAAGUUGAGGUGGAAGCAGAUUCAACGAGAACGAUAAGCCAUCGUGAUCAACUAGUGACAACAAUAUCAAGUUUACGGUUGGAACUGGGGCCCCAUCAUCUUUCAAGUGGAAAAAGCAGUAUCAAAUGCAGAUCCACAGUUCGAACGAGUAGUAGAGCCCGUGAAGCGGUGAUAGACGUACGCGACACGAACGUCGAAGUUCAAGGGAGCGCUAGUUUUAUCAGGCCCUGUCUCUCACUGCUGCUGGUAGCGGUAAUACUCGAUCGGAUACUGAGGAUGGAUUGAAAGCAUUUGGUAAGUACGGCGAAGGUUUCGGAUUGUUCUGUAAGCCUCGGCAUAACAAAGGGCUGUGAACAUUGGGAUAAAGUCAAAGUAUGUGAAUGCGUGUAAGACAUAUAUGGAUGUAUACAUAUUACAUAUAUAUAUAUAUAUAUAUAUAGUGAUCGCGCAUGUGGGAUUCGCGUGCGUGAGUGUGAGUGGGAAUAUAUGAGCGGAUAAAUAUAAAUUUGUGAUGGUCCUAUACCAGUGUUCCAUGACCAAAGACAAUCAUGUUGAAAUAUAAUGGGAUAUUGUUCCGAUUUUUGGGGCUAAUUCAAGGAAUUAAUUAAUCGUCAUACUGUACAGCCCGAAUGUAUGUGCUUUGUUUGUUACGUCUGCUAAUCUUAUUAGUUAUUAUGUGUGCAGACUAAUUUGAAAUCUUCAGUUCCUUUUGUUAAAACGCGACCUAUUAUAUUAAGUUCUCUUUGUGUCCCGCGGUUUAAUUGGAACCGGAUACUAAUACAUCCAAUAAAUUUUAGGCUAGUUAAAUUUGUACUAUUAUUUAUUAUUUUUAUGUAUGAAACGUUUGUUAACAAGUAUAAUAAAUGACCUAUUGUGCUCUUAGGCAGAUAUUGUAUCGUUAUUUAUACGAUGCAGGUUUAAAGUUAUUAAAGAAAAAUAAUAAAUGAACAGUUAUUAAAUAACAAAUAAAGUGUAAAUAUAAAUUUUUGGCAUUGAAAAAUUAGGUAUAUAAAAAUUAUAAAUAUAUAAAUAUUAUAUAUUUGAAUUGUUGAAAUAACGGUAACGAUGUUGGACGUUUAAUAAAAUAAUUAAAUGAGUGUAUAAAGUUUUAUUUUUUUGUCAUUUUAAUAACAAAAUGUUGGUUUGGUGAUGAUUUAAUUUUUGGAAAGUUCCCGAGUCGAAAUAUUAGACGUAAAUUGAUUGAAAAUUCAAAAUGAAGGUUCAAUGUUUUGAUAGUACCCAAAAUGUAACUUCGUUAUUUUUUUCCGGUAUCUGCCUUAAGAGCUAAAAGGGCGUACUGAACAAUUUUUGGAAAUUGACGUGAUUAUAAUCCACGAGUACAAAAUUGAUGAUAAAAUUUUUUGGCACACUGUAAAAAGAGCGGUAAUAAAAUGAAAUAACACCGGUGUAGGCGGUGUAAUUUGGCAGUGUUAAAAUACUGGUGUUAAAUCGGUGUAAAAAAAAUCCACGUAUGCACGGAAAAAAUUUUUUGAUGAAAAAUACUCUGCAAUUUCGAGUAAUCCUAGGCCAUUUAAAAAAAUUAGUAUUUUUUAUUUCAACUUUUAAUAUUUCAUUGAAAUAUUAAUAUCACUAGACUAUAUUUUGCUCUACUAGUGAGUAAUUUUUUAACAGCAGAUAAAGUGGUAUAAUUCUAUGAUUUUAUACUCUGUUGGGAUAUCAUAUUUAAUCGGUUAUUGUGAAUAUUUUAUCAGAAUCUAUCGAUUUUUAUUCUAUGUGUAUUAAUUUUUACUUCCCGAUAUAGCAUUGCUUUAAGCCUAUUGAUGUUAUGAUGAAAAAUUACUUGUAAUUCGAAUAAAAUUUCGAAUCUAUGAAAGUAUUUUUUACUCUAACCUGCAGAGUAAUAAUUCAGUAGUCUUCGUUAAUCUUCGGUUAAUAUCGGCUUUUGCCUGCGAUAACUUACAUGUUACGUACACAAACGUAGGCUUGAAGAAAAGACGAUCUCUGUAUCUAUCUGUAACUUAAUAUUUAUUUUAAAAUUAAAAAAAAUUUUGUAUCUUUUCUUUCUCUAUACAAGACGAGUAAUUUUUAUUUUUUUCAAUUCUUUUUCAAAAUGUUUAUUUCAAGUCAUAUUCUAAUGCUAUUAGAUGGUUUUAGAUUUUUAUAGAAAUUUCAGUCUAUUGUAAUUUUUAUUGUAAUUCAAUAUAAAUUUUAUAAAUUGAAUCAUCAACUUUUCAUCAUAACCUAUCGAGUAAAAAUUGAAUUAGAGAGAAUUUAUUAAGAUAGCCGCUAGGGGUAAUUUUUACUCGUAAUUGUGAGUAAAAAUUAAUCUGAUUGAUUUUUACCCACCCGAAAGAGUAAAAUUUCGAAAUUUGAAAGUAAAAAAUCGUAAUGGCCCAAAAUUACUCGAUGUAGAGUAACUAUUGAAUAAACGACAUGGCAAUAUUCAUACAAAAAUUCUUUCCGUGUAAGUACUUAUUUAAAUAAUUAUCUAUGUUAUACGUAAUUUAUUUAAAAGUUUCACAAUUUUCCCCCACCAUUUUAAUCACCAAUAAUUUAAUUAAUUAAUAGCAAGACCGUCCCAUACGAAAAAAGUAUAUAUACGGCCAAAAUUGAAUAUAUGUCUCAUAUAUGCGACCUAUAUUCAGAUUUGCCCGAAUAUAUACGGAUAUAUACUUUUUCCCUACGGGGUUUAACUGUAGUGAUUAAUAAAGCAAAAAUAUUCAAAAAGUUAAAUAUUUUCAACACUGGAAAUUUUAACACCUACACCGUUUGGACUCACUCCGUUUUUUUUUUUUACAGUGUUACUUAUAUUUCCAUAUUGUAAGUCUAUAUAUAGGUUUUAAUUACGUUUUGGAUUCGUGAUACUCCAAUCAACGUUUAAAAUAAAUUAAAAACGGUCAAUUUAAGUUUUUAAUAUCCAAAACAUUCAAUUUACGUACAGUAUUUCGACUCGGGUUAAUUAAAAGUUUAAGCUAAAGGAUUUUUUUUUAGCUAACUGUAUAUAUAUAAAUAUAUAUAUGACUAAGAUUUAAGAGUUUGGAAAAGAAAUAUUAAUAAAGAUUAAGUGUAAAAUAAGUUUAUCAAGCGUAUAUGUGAUAUGAGAUAAGUCGAGAGAAAAGUUUUAAGAGGUAUAAGAAUUGUGAAGACAAACGUGCUUACGGCACAAUUACUGAAAUGCGAGGUCAAUGGGUUUCACGGUGGGUGAAAUUUCCGACAAAAGAUCAGCGAGCGAUGUUGAUAAAAAGUAAAAAAGGAAAUCUAAAGGAAGAUGGAAGCAAAGAAAAAUAAGACCGGAAUGCCGUAAGGUUUCGAUAGUCACCUUAAAGAGAGUGCUCUUUUUGAGGUUGGAGCACACACUAAAAUUGAGUUUUCUCCUGCCUUAUCUCAUCAAACGUAUCACCUACUGAACCUGAAAGAAGAUAUCCUAAGAAAUUUCAUUACUUUAAUGGCAAUGAAGGAUAAUGGAAUAAAAAUAAAUAAAUUUAAUGGAAAAUACGGUGAAAUUCUCGAGGUGCACUGGACGAUGGGUCAUAUUUUUUCAUUGGUCAUGUUUAAAUAUUUAAGAUUGCAUAUUUGUGCCACUCUAUUGGAGCUGGUAAAGGUGAAAGAGUUUCCGUUCUUUCAAAUAAAUGUUAUUUUAAGUAAUGAAGAGAUUGGGUCAGGCGAAAUUAGGCCACUGAGGGAAAAAUAAAAUUAAUUUUGAAAUAGUAUAUUGCAUAGUUAAGAUACUAAGAUAGUCUUUAUCUGGCGAGGGCAAUGUUUUCAGCACGAGUCGUAGGGUUACAUACACGGGCCGAAAGCGCUUCCCGAAUAAAGACUAUCUGAGUGUCCUACUAUGCGCUAUAUUUUAUUCAACAAUUGCCUGAUUUACGCGAUUAAUGACAAUCUGCGAAGCGAAGUCUGUGGCUGUUUAGCGACACGGUGCACCCACAAAAUUACAACAAACCAUCGGCUUUAAAAUUCAGAAUUCAUAUUUAAUUGAUUUAAAAUUUACUCGGAUGUUUUAAUUAUUAAUUUCAAUAUUCAUUAAUAAAAUAAAUACAACACAACCACGUGGUAUAACCCACUUUCCAUAUGAUGAAUUGAAGUAACCAUAUUUAGUGUACUAGCCGUUCAACAUGGAUUUUGACAAAAAACUUUAAGUCGUUUAACGAGUUCUUACGAUGUUCAAUAGAUGGAGCUCAGUUAAAAAUCUUGAGACGCGUGGUGAAAUGUCAUUUCAACACUCACUUUUCACAACGCCGAUGGUAGUCGAGGACAUCUAUUUUGAUUUUACUCAACUUCUUUGCACUGUUCGAUAAACAGCUGUUUAGGGUUCGCAACGCAGACGUCAUAAAGCGCGCAAAUCAGGCCUGUGUUGAAUAAAACAUUUUACGCGUUAAUUUUAAGUAAAAGCUAUGACUUGCAAUAAAAUUUGAGAGUAGAGCCUUGAAAAUUUUUUAAAAGAGUAGAAACAAUAAAUUACAAUUUAAAACAUGUUUGGAAAAAAAAUUUGAGUAUCUCAUUUUGUCCAGCCGUUUUCUGAGUGCUGAUGAAAAAUGAAAUAUUUUAGAGGGCCAGUAGCUUUCACAGGUAAAAUUGACGGGUUUUACUCGUAAUUUUUAUAUUUAUCACUCUCGAAUGUUUUACUUCAUGGUGUCUAAAAAUUACUAACAAAAUUUCAAUCAAUGGCCUUCAAUAUUCAGCGUUGCUGCAGUUGUAUUAAAAAAAAUUGUUUGUACAAAAAAAAUAUUGAAACAUACAGCACAUACAUUCUUUGAAACUAGAAUUUUCUCUAGAAUAUAUUAAGAAAUGAAUUUUAAUCAUUGAAAUGCCAGUGGUUCCGUCAAACAAAUUUUUUCUAUUUAAAUUUUAUUUCCAUUUCGUUAUUUUUUAAUCUCUAUUCAACAAAUAAGUGCAACUCUUUCACUUUUACUUUUUAAAAAUAAUUACUUUAGUAAUAAAAGUAAGUCGUCAUAACGAAAAUUAUGAUAUUAAAAAUAUAAUAAUUUUUUUCUCACAUAAAUCGUCACCGAAACAAACAAAUUGUUAAUUGUAAAAUAUUAUACAUAUUAAACAAAUAAAUAAUAAUCCUAAUAAUAAUAAUAAAAAAUAUAAAUUGUAUAUGAUGAAUAUGUCUGUAAAUAAAUGCAUAAUUGUACGACCUAAGAAACAAUGUAUAGCGAUUGUCUUAAUGCCUAGACAGCAUGACAAGGAAAGCUCGUAGAAUAAUUAUUGCGUGUGCCUGGAGCUAAAUCAUACCUGCUCUUCUUAGACACCCUUGAGGCGUUCACUAAAUAUUAAAUAUCAAAUAUUAUGUAUUUAUGUGUAUGGCCUAAUGUAUAUACUUUGCAUAUUUAGUGAUAAAUAAAUAUAU